AUGUCCAGUGGGGGUAGGUUUAAUUUUGAUGAUGGAGGGUCCUACUGUGGAGGCUGGGAGGACGGCAAAGCGCACGGCCAUGGGAUCUGCACUGGCCCCAAGGGCCAAGGAGAAUACACCGGCUCCUGGAGUCACGGCUUCGAGGUGCUGGGGGUCUACACCUGGCCCAGCGGCAACACGUACCAGGGCACCUGGGCGCAGGGCAAGCGUCAUGGCAUCGGCCUGGAGAGCAAGGGGAAGUGGCUGUACAAGGGAGAGUGGACUCACGGCUUUAAGGGACGCUACGGGGUCCGGGAGUGUACUGGUAAUGGAGCCAAGUACGAAGGCACCUGGAGCAAUGGAUUACAGGACGGCUAUGGGACGGAGACCUACUCGGAUGGAGGGACUUACCAGGGUCAGUGGGUUGGUGGAAUGCGCCAAGGCUAUGGCGUCCGGCAGAGCGUCCCGUACGGCAUGGCUGCGGUCAUCAGGUCACCCCUGAGGACGUCCAUCAACUCGCUGAGGAGUGAGCACACCAAUGGCACAGCACUGCAUCCAGAUGCCUCAUCUGCUGUGGCCGGCAGCCCUGCGGUGUCCCGGGGGGGCUUUGUCCUUGUGGCUCAUAGCGAUGCCGAGAUCCUCAAGAGCAAGAAGAAGGGGCUUUUCCGGCGGUCCCUACUGAGUGGCUUGAAGCUGCGGAAGUCGGAAUCUAAGAGUAGCCUGGCCAGCCAGAGGAGCAAGCAGAGUUCCUUCCGCAGCGAGGCUGGAAUGAGCACGGUCAGCUCCACUGCCAGUGACAUCAACUCCACCAUCAGCCUUGGUGAGGGGGAGGCGGAGCUGUCUGUCAUUGAGGAUGACAUCGAUGCCACCACAACUGAGACCUAUGUGGGGGAGUGGAAGAAUGACAAGCGGUCUGGCUUUGGGCUGAGCCAGCGCUCAGAUGGACUCAAGUACGAGGGGGAGUGGGCCAGCAAUAAACGUCAUGGCUAUGGGUGCAUGACCUUCCCGGAUGGUACGAAGGAGGAGGGGAAAUAUAAGCAGAAUAUUCUGGUGAGCGGAAAACGCAAGAACCUGAUUCCACUGAGGGCCAGCAAGAUCCGGGAGAAAGUUGACCGCGCCGUCGAGGCUGCUGAACGAGCGGCCACUAUCGCCAAGCAGAAAGCGGAGAUUGCAGCUUCCAGGACCUCCCACUCCCGAGCCAAGGCGGAGGCAGCCCUCACUGCGGCUCAGAAAGCUCAAGAAGAAGCCCGGAUGGCCAGGAUCACUGCCAAAGACUUCUCGCCUUCCUUCCAGCACAGGGAAAAUGGACUUGAAUGCCAGAGGCCAAAGCGUCAGAAUUCCAGCGACGAUAUCGAGGUGAUCUCCACAGGGACCCCAUUGCAACAGGAGAGCCCUGAGCUGUACCGGAAAGGCACAACCCCUUCCGACCUCACCCCUGAUGACAGCCCCCUCCAGAGCUUCCCUGCCAGCCCCUCCAUCACACCACCACCAGUCCCAACCUUCCGAAACAAGAGCGCCCACUUCUCCCGGCAGAUCUCUGUGGAUGAAGAGCGAGGUGGGGAGAUCCAGAUGUUGCUAGAGGGCCGCGGUGGGGACUACCUAAGACCCAACAGCUGGAGCGAGGAGAAGGUAGGGGGGUCAAGAGGGGUGCGGAGUGGUGCCCUGCGGAGCUGCCAGCCAGGGGAUGACUACCGCGGCCGCAGCUCGGGUCACAAGCACCCGUCAUCGUCUUCGUCGGGGAACCACAAGCCCCGGGAGAGGUGGGCGGAUUCCCCUGCUCCGUUCUCGUGGACUUCCCACCACCGAUCCAACAACCACAGCUCAGGGAAUCCCAAGCUGCUGGAGUUGGAUGAGAAGCUAAGCAACUACGAGAUGGAGAUGAAGCCCCUCAUGAGGAUGGAUUCUUAUAUGCAAGAGGUGCACACCCAAAAAAGACACUACAGCAAAGCGGGGGCCUGCCGGAGCUUGGUGGACGAUCACCGCUCCGACGACAGGGCCUUCGGGGUGCAGAGACUGAGGUCCAAGUCCCAGAAUAAGGAGAAUUUCAGGCCGUCGUCUUCUGCUGAACCCACAGUGCAAAAACUGGAAAAUCUAAGGCUCGGGGACAAAGCCGAGCCGCGGCUGCUGAGAUGGGACUUAACCUUCUCCCCACCCCAGAAAUCCUUACCUGUUGCACUAGAAUCUGAUGAGGAAAAUGGGAAUGAGCUUAAGUCCAGUACGGGUUCAGCUCCUAUUCUGGUAGUCAUGGUGAUCUUGCUAAACAUUGGAGUCGCCAUUUUGUUUAUUAACUUUUUCAUCUAA